ACAAGAUGGAGGCACGGUGGCUUCAACCCCUAUGUGUUAUCUAGUGUAUUUAUAUAACUCGUUGAACAAAACCACGCGGACGACUUUGUCUCUCUCUCUCUUUUUUAAUGAGGUUUCCCCUAAUCAUUCGUCAGAAGUUGGAUCAAAACAUUUUUUUUUCCCGUAAUUGGGAUUUCAGUCACUCGUCUAUUUUUUCAAGUUGUGGAAACUCACUUUGUUGCGGUCAGUUCGUGAACUUGGAUCGCGUCUUGCCGCUUUACACUCGGUUCGGGGUUUCGGCAGAGAACCAGGAUGUCGGCGGUGAAAGCGCUACAACAGUGGUGUAAGCUCCAGGUUCAGGGUUACAGAGAUGUCACUAUCACCAACAUGACCACUUCUUUCAGGGACGGGAUGGCUUUCUGCGCCCUCAUUCACCGAAACAGACCCGACCUCAUUGACUUUGAUUCCCUGAUGAAGGAGAAUGUCUAUGACAACAACCACCUGGCGUUCCGGGUAGCGGAGGAUGAGUUGGGGAUCCCAGCUCUGUUAGAUGCUGAGGACAUGGUGGCCCUGAAGAUACCAGACAGACUCAGUAUUCUGACAUAUGUCUCACAAUACUACAACUACUUCCAUGGCAAAUCACCUAUUGGCGGCAUGGCGGGGAUAAAGCGUCCGGCGGAGGCAUACACAGAAGAGGGGCCUUCUGGGAAAAAGAACCAAGCAGUUGUCUCCAAGGUCUUCCCCGCCUCUACCCCCUCUAAAUCCGCUACUGAGAACCGCCCUCCCCCCUCCUCCUCACCUAAAGCCUCAACCAGACCAGACAGGGCAGCACAGAAGGAUGUGUUGUCGGAGCGAUCCAAUAAGACGGGGACUCUGAGCAGUAAGUGUUCCGUGUGUAAUAAACACGUUCAUCUGGUCCAGAGACACCUAGUGGAUGGGAGGCUGUAUCACAGGAGCUGUGCCAGGUGUAGUCAGUGUUCCACCACUCUACUGUCUGGUACCUGUAAACCUGGACCAACACCAGGCUCCUUCAUCUGUACCUCCCAUCACCAUCCCCAGGGGGCGCUGCCAACACACACCCCUCUCCGAGACCUGCCCAAAAACAACCCUACUACCCCUGCUGAAUCCAAAUACACCUCUCACCCUCCUCCCACUGUCCAGACCACUCCUCUCUCAUACCUGCCCAAAAACAACCCUACUACCCCUUCUUCCUCCAAAUACACCCCUCACCCUCCUCCCACUGUCCAGACCACCCCUCUCUCAGACCUCUCCAGGAAUAACCCCGGAGCCAAAUACACUGACCCCCCGAAAUCCACCCCAGCUCCGACACCCACCAGUACCCCCUCCAAAUUCGUCCCUAGCUGGCUGAGCUCCAAAUCAGACGGAUCCAAAAGCACCACCCCCUCUGCCUCCUCCUCGCGGCCCAGCCCGGGGCUCUCCUCCCUGGGCAUAGUGAGCCCUGCAGCCCCUGGACCCACCGCUGUCCCACGGAACCUCAACACGACUUCAACUACCCAGCAUGCCCGGCUCCAGUUCUUCCAAUCUGGGAACACCACCACUGGGCAGGAGAACCAGGGCAAGACCCAGACUCCGGGACAGGCACCGAGUCUACCCACAAAUAGAGUCCUGAACGCUGGCACACAGGGGACAGUAGUGGGGGUUGGCCAGGGUGUGAGUGUGGUAGUGAGUUUGGGUGGCAGUGGGGUAGGGGGUAAGGGAGAGUGUUCAGGAGGGGAUAAGGGUGUGAAUAUGGUGCUAGGUGGGGACAGGGACGUGGUUCAGGGUAGAGGUAGAGUUGUCUUCAAGGUGGAUGGUGAUGUGAAAGCCUCUCCAUCUAAAGAAGACUGCAGUACCAAGACCCAGGCUGCUGCUGUCAUCACUAAGAAACUAACAGAGAACAACACCACAACAACAACAGCUGGUGCUGUCAUCACUAAGAAACUAACAGAGAACAACACCACAACAACAACAGCUGGUGCUGUCAUCACUAAGAAACUAACAGACAACACCACAACAGCUGGUGCUUCAAGUCCUCCGUGGCAUCCUGUAGGACUGAAGAAGACCGAGAACAGAUCUCCCUCUCUCAGAUCUGCCCCUGCUGAAACGCCUAAGAAAGAGACGGAGACUCCUAAAAGGAGACUGGGGGCAGAGUCUGGUCACCUGGGUGUGAGGUCCCAGCCACUGUGGAAGGGUCACCUGGGUGUGAGGUCCCAGCCGCUGUGGAAGGGUCACCUGGGUGUGAGGUCCCAGCCGCUGUGGAAGGGUCACCUGGGUGUGAGGUCCCAGCCGCUGUGGAAGGGUCACCUGGGUGUGAGGUCCCAGCCGCUGUGGAAGGGUCACCUGGGUGUGAGGUCCCAGCCGCUGUGGAAGGGGCACCUGGGUGUGAGGUCCCAGCCGCUGUGGAAGGGUCACCUGGGUGUGAGGUCCCAGCCGCUGUGGAAGGGUCACCUGGGUGUGAGGUCCCAGCCGCUGUGGAAGGGUCACCUGGGUGUGAGGUCCCAGCCGCUGUGGAAGGGUCACCUGGGUGUGAGGUCCCAGCCGCUGUGGAAGGGUCACCUGGGUGUGAGGUCCCAGCCGCUGUGGAAGGGUCACCUGGGUGUGAGGUCCCAGCCGCUGUGGAAGGGUCACCUGGGUGUGAGGUCCCAGCCGCUGUGGAAGGGUCACCUGGGUGUGAGGUCCCAGCCGCUGUGGAAGGGUCACCUGGGUGUGAGGUCCCAGCCGCUGUGGAAGGGUCACCUGGGUGUGAGGUCCCAGCCGCUGUGGAAGGGUCACCUGGGUGUGAGGUCCCAGCCGCUGUGGAAGGGUCACCUGGGUGUGAGGUCCCAGCCGCUGAGGAAGGGUCACCUGGGUGUGAGGUCCCAGUCCGCUGAGGAAGGGUCACCUGGGUGCGGUUUGUACAUGCCGCUCCUCAUCCGUUCGUUCGCUCUGCAGGAGGUUUGCACAUGCCGCUCCGAGCCGCUCCGUUUUGAUGUUCCACCGGAGAUCGAAGACCCUCCCCUCCCUCCUCGUCAGACCUGCGUCCUACUGAUCCUCAGACUCUCGUACGAAAGGAAACGCCCAGGCUUCAGUCCCUGCUGGGUCUACUCAGGCCCCCUCCAGCCCCCAGAAGCCUCCUCACCCAGCCCGCUGAACACCGGCCCUGGGACAUGGGGCGUCCUGACAGGGAAGAGCUCAACAACAGCUAACGGCUCCAACACAGACACCAAGACACCUAAACCAAGUAAACCGGACUACAUCCCGAAGGAAGAGAUCCUCAGAGAGCUUCAGGAGAUAGAGGACAGUGUUAAUGAGUUGGAGAGGAAAGGAGUGGACCUGGAGAAACAACUACGCUCCUGUGAAGAGGAGGGAGAAGAGGACGUGGUGAUGGAUGACCUGAUGGUGGAAUGGUUCAACCUCAUCAGAAACAAGCAGGUGUCCAUGAGGAGAGAGUCUGAACUGGUCUACAUAGCCAAGACACAGGACUUGGAGGAACAGCAGCCCAGUGUAGAGCAGGAGCUGAGGAGACUCAUGGACAAACCUGAGCGGCUGAAGACGUUGUGGGACCGUCGUAGAGAAGAGGAGUUGAUGGUCAAACUGGUGGAGAUCGUCAAUGACAGAAACGCCAUCAUAGACGGACUGGACGAUGACAGACUCAGGGAGGAUGAGGAAGAUGAGCAGCUCAAUAAGAUGAUGAAGACCCUAGACACAAAGAAAGAAAAGAAGAAGAAGUCUAGCUUUAAGUUGUUUGGUAGGAACAAGAAGGAGGGAUGAUCCCACAGGGAGGAACUCUGGGACACACUGUUACCCUGCUUGAGUAUAACGCUACACCACACUGUGUCUGUCUGUAAUGUGUCUAUAAUACCCUCCUGACAUGAACCAGAGACCUGAAACCCAGGAUAACACUACACCACACUGUGUCUGUCUGUAUAAUACCCUCCUGACAUGAACCAGAGACCUGAAACCCAGUAUAACACUACACCACACGGUGUCUGUCUGUAAUGUGUCUAUAAUACCCUCCUGACAUGAACCAGAGACCUGAAA